AUGCGCACAGGAUAUGCGGUGGAUAGCACUCCACUGUCCUCACCGCGCUGUCUGGUCACCGGCAGGUAUUCGACGCCAAUACUGAAGGCUCAGGUGGCACGUUUUUCGGUCGCCUCAGCACCAGUUCGUACCUUCUUUGGCGAGUUCGUGAGGAUCUGGCAGAGGAAGAAGCCAUUCUUUCCGGACCGAUCACGUAAAUAGCCUGUCGCGCCCACUCCUUCUUCGGCGAUAUUGCAAACCUCAAGAGUCCUAAUGAAUCUUUCUUGAUACCAAAUAGAGGAUGUAUGUUUAUAUGUGAUUGUUGACAUCUCAACAGCUGAUCUCUCCCUGGUACAGAAAGACUGCGAAUGCAAUAUAGACCUUCCGCUUCUUGCAAUAGACACGCGCUAACUCACGAGGAAGUUGCCUGAAAGUUCUGUGCAACGAGACGCAAGCUAGUCUUUGGCAACAGACGCUUGCUUGCUCUCGAAAGGAGGUCUCCGGGCCUGAUUUAUGUUUGGGAGUACUCUCGUUUGCUUUUCGGACAAAGGUGUAUCUCUCUGUAGUGUCCUAUCCUAAGGAAAAGCAUAUCUCAGUUCAAAAGGGCGUUUUGCAAAGUGUGUGGGCAUAUUUUGAUCGGCUUACAGAGCUACGCGUAAGAAUCUGACCAGGUCAUUGAAAUAGUUUUAGAUGCAGUCUGGCUGUCAAGCUUUCUUAAGAGCACUGUUUUGCAAAUGCACGCAGAAGGCGAUGUUUGCAUUCUUCAAAAACGUUCAUAUGCGCUAAAUGUGAUGAUUUGUGAGAUUCGUUUAAUUAUGGAGACUUCAGUAGUAACUUGCAAGCAGACACGUUUGAGAGUACGUAAUUGCACGCCAAACUAUACUAAACAUUUAAAAAAUUUGUUAGCCAUGGCCGCUGAUUUCGUAUUCAAAAAUAGGCAUUGUCUAAGUGAAUCGGCUCGUCGAAAUUAAUGCAGGAUGUUGGGGGACACUCAUAACUGAUGGGUGUCGCGCACACCAUGGUGUUGAAAUUGACCUUGGGUGGUACACCGGCGAUUCCGUUCUGUCUUGGGGCCCUUGUGUUGCCGUUCACGUACGUACGUGUAAUCAGUGACCAGGGAGUGUAACAGGCGAUGUAAGGGAAGCAAAACUAAUCGUCUCUUAUAUAUCGUAAUCAAUUGGUCAUGCCUCAACCUUAAACUCGGAUUUCUGCUCGCUUUUGAGUAACAAGCUGAUUGCCUUGUCAUCGAGUCACGUGGUCAGAGACACCACGGUGCAACAUCGAGUCCCGUGGUUCUUCCGGACCGUUUUUAUGCGUGUGUGGUGGGCCGUUCGUCUUAAUUCUUUCUUGCAUCCAGGUUCAGGUGGGUGAGGGAGGAGAGAGUGCAGUAGAUACUCUGCAAGUCCGCUCUCGUGAUAAAGUAAUCUGCGCGAAAAUCACCGUCCUGCGCCUUCACCACGUUGUGCUCCACACCGUCGUUCGCGACGGUCGAAUUGAACACUGGUGGUGGGAAUAAUCCACAGUUAUCUACUCCAGAUUUCCGUGCUAAAUGACCAUGCUGUUCAAGGGCGUCGCUUGGGGUUCCAUUCACAUUACACGGAGUAUCUGCUCAGGUCCGUGUAUGAAUUCUGUCGCCGAGUGCAGAGUUACAAUUCCUGCGAUGGAAAUGCCCUAGGGGUUAACUGGAAGUAGACCACAGUGGAUAUGCAGUUCGCCUCGUCAACUGUCUCGUGGCGACCAGGAGUCACCGAGCGAGAAGUGCUACCGCUGGGUUGUCAAUUAGUCGUACUCCUAACACCCAACCGCGGUUUGCAAGGACCCGGCUCUUGAAAUCGGACUUAUGUCGCCUACUGUACAUUAAACCACACGAUUCGCGAAUGCGUAGUCUCCGCUCGAGCCCCGGCCUCUCCUGGGAUGCGCUUUACUGGUUUAUGAUGGCGAACGAGCCUUGUUAGUAUUAUGUUAGGGAUAUUUCUUUGUCAGCAGUUCGUGAACUUCAAAGUCAACAUCACACAGUAUAUGCUGGAUCUCGUACAACAAGCUUACCUCCCAGUGCAAGAUAACAACAUCUGCAUAGGCCGACGAUUAUGUCAGCGAAUCUUCAGUUUCCAACUGUAGUACCCCUCACAGACUGUCUCGAGUAAAUUGAUCUGAUUACUUCUUAGUCCUAGGAAAUGAAGAAUAUUCAUCAAGUAUUCUGCUUGCAUUUUCUUGGUCUACUGCCUGCAGACUUUCAGUGAUGUCGAGCGAUGGCCGAUUUCGGGAAAGAUUGCAAGCAUGAGACUCGAUUUUAUGCUUUCAGUUAUUCUAGUUAGCUAAUUCUGAGUAUGUCUGGUUACGUAUAUUUACCCAUAAUAAGUUAGCUUGAAGCUAUUUCUUCCCAGAAGCACCACCUGAGGGUGGUUUGUGGUAGACCGUUUUUUUAAUUACUUGCAUUGCCAAAAUGUCUUUUUCUUUUUAUUAACUCAGAUCCACUGAAGUGGAUUGGAAUCUGGAUCUUAACAAGGUCUUCCUUAAACGCCUUCCCGAGGCUACCAAUGAAUGCGAUUUGCAUGCAUAUUUCUCUAAAUUUGGUCUCAUCGCCAACGUCGUACUGAAGGACAGCAUGGGGUCGGUCUCUGUCCGCUGCGGGUUUAUCACCUUCUUUGAAAGGGACUCGGUGAGGAGGGUGCUUGAUACUCAACCACAUCUGCUAGGCGAGGAUCGGAUCAUCGCUUGCGUGGCGAGGAAAAAACAGUCGGACCACCAAGGGUAAGCUCUUCGAGUGGAAAUGCGGUCGAUUCCAUCUCGGCUACAAAGACGUGCACCGUUCCUGGCCAUCUUUCGUCUCUCCCUCCCCCUCUUUCGCUUUCCCCAUUCCCCUGUCCCUUUACCCCUCUCCAUCUCCGUCCUCCCCUCCUCCCUUUCACCCCCUCUCUCUCAUCAAAGGCGCGGAAAAGUCAGCGUAAACACAAAUGCCCCUUUCGGUUAGCCGGUGACGGUUGCUGCUUGCCUGGAAAUGGUUUUCGAGUGUUUAAUACACCAAGAAGACCGCGAUGUGUCAUCAAACUGCCUUCUGGCAAGAGCUCCCGAGAUGCCUCUGCCUUGCCGUCCACUUCGGCAAUAGCUCGGCUCGUCACAACGUUUGCGCCAAUAGCCACGUUUGAGUCGCAUGGCCCUCCGUAUCGGUGGUGCUUGUCCUAAAGCUAUAUUUUGAUACUUCAAAGUAGAGCACAAACAAAAUGAUUUGAAAGAAGUUGAAAAUAAUAAAUGAGAAGACCAAGGUCAGAUUGAUUAUUGGAAUUUAUGCAUUUCCUUGACGAAUUGUGGCCUAUCCCGAUUUUAUGAAAAACACCACUCACUUGCGUCGUGACACUUAACUCCGUUGGUGUUAAAACACUGUUAAUUUAAGGCAAAAAUGUGCACCGGGCAACGAUACGUUGUGUAACCCCACUUUGCAACUAGCAGCCGUAUUCUCUAAUACAGGGAUUGUGGAAAUAGGGGUUUUACGUAUGGGGGAUCACCCCCUCAAGCCAGAUAAUGUAUCACGAAGAAUAUGCUAGAACGACUCGGUUCACGUGAUUAUAUCAGUGUGCUAGGCAAGACUGAAGUGGUGAAUUCCUGUAGUCACGAAUUGGAGAUCUAACCAAGACUUACUAAGACAAAUGUAAUAGCUAGUCGUGCAUAUCAAACAUGGUGGGGUUACACAACCUAUUUCUAUCGUGCACGGUUUAGUAGGGUCCCGGGUUUUGGCCAUUGUUUUGCCAUUUUCUAAACUUCUAAGGUAUGUUCGCUGUAGAGUUGCAUAUUAGUAGAUACGGGUGGUGGUUGUUUAUGAUGUGCAACGUGUCAUGUUCGCCCGUGGGUCGUUUACUUUCUACCUAGAUCUCAUCCCUUUGAUCCAUGGAUAAAGUUACGGCGAAGGGAACUUACGGUGACCCUCAUGGCACCACAUUGCUGCUGUGGUGAUCGGUCGCAACUCUUGGACGUCCUGCCUAAUCUAUUUGACCCACUAGUACGCGCGCAUUCGAAUCAAGCUUUCUUACCCUAACUGCUGGCCAAUCACUCAUAUCUUUGUCCUGACCGAAGUAAACCAAUGCGCUCAGGCCGGCUCAGUUCAUGUAGGUGCUGCGUUAGCCUUAGGCGUAUGACGCAACCUUGCGCACUUAGGGGUUCUUAUACAACUUCUCCUUCAUGGGAUAUGUCCAGAAGUCGUGUUAGUUUAAGCAAUCAAUUUACAUGGGCCUGAUUUUUGUUAGAGUCCCUCCUGAUUGAGCUUCACGUUAGAACUCUAACAUCCGAUAGGACAUGGUCCCGCGCGACCGAUUCCCACGAGGAAUUUAGCAUGAUUCAAACUCAUUUCUCACAGAGGGUCAUUCGCCAAUGGAAUUCCUUGCCGACGUAUGUUGUUAAUUCUCCUACCGUGAGUGUUUUCAAGGCACAACUGGAUAAUCACCUUCCUGAAGGCAACGCGAACUGCCGAAGUCCAAUCUGGCGAAUUACUGAGAUGACUAUAAACAGACUACUAGCGUGAUUUCAACAGAUCCUUUUGUGGGCAUUAAACGUGACCUCUGAGAGAAUUUUCACAGCGCCAACGCAGUUAACAAUUUUUCCGCAGUUAUUUCGCAAAUGCCAUGCCUUUUUAACAUUUAUGUUCCACUGGUAGAUCUGUACAUUCUGCACACUAAAACUGUGUGCAAAAUCUUUGCAAUUUAACCAUUGUCCCCACACACCAGUACCGUUUAAAAUAGAAUUUUCAGGACUUCUGUCGUUUACUCCAAAUAUACUGUGUGACCCAUAUAUCCUAGACGUAACCAGACUUCAAAUUGCGUCGGCCAGCGUUCAGCGGGUUUCGACACAUAGUAUAAGUUGUCGUGCUGACCGUGGACGAGCGACGAUUAGAGGAUGCGAGAACGAUGUGCAGAGACUUCAAGUUAGCCAUUUGAUGGCCCUCAAUGAAACAGAGGCCGACUGUCUAAUUGGUGUUAUUUUACUCCGCAGAUCUGUGGACCCCGGCGUCUCGGUCGCUGACAACGACGACGGCGACUUUUCGAACUCCGAGGACGACCAACCGAGCAACGAUGCCUUCUGUGACCAGCUUACAAUGUUUGUUGGCCACUUGAAACAAGAGAUCACUGAAUCGGAUCUCACAACCUACUUUUCUCAAUUCGGCAGAGUCACAGAUGCCUCAAUAGUACACGAUUGGGCCACCGGCGAGUCUCGCGGCUACGGUUUUGUUACCUUCGCUGACAGCAGGCUUUCAAGCGGGGUGUACUGAAAGCCUGCCAUUUCCUCAAGGGCUGUCGCCUCAGUGUCAAGCUCUCAGUUAACCGUCUUCUGUCUCGUACCCCCACCGUAACUCCUCCACCGCCGUCAAUGUUAAGUUUCGGAAAAAUUAGAUUUAUCUUUUGUCACGCAUUUACUCAUUUUUGGGAUGUUUUUAUCCCACUUGGCCGUAGUCAACAAGGGUAUUUUCCCACUAAAAGCUACUCAAACUUCUUAGUCACGCGGCCGAGUAGGGUCUGGGUGACUUCCAAACAAAGGAAGGAUUUGCCAAUUCAGGACUAUCUGUGUACAAUGAGUGAGCGACCAAAAUCCUGAGAUGUGUAUUCGAUUUGGAAGGAUUACUUAGGUGCGGUUAUAGUAUUUAUUAUCAUGCAGCAUAAUCCUAUAAGAUUUUGGACUCGCUAGGAGGCCGGCUUUUGAGUGCAUUUCUUCUUGACAUCCUGUAGAAACCACACUCGGCAAAAAAUAAACACUUAAUUUGCAUGCAUUUUUCAAAUAAAUUAUUUUUAUAUAUUAAAAUAUGUUUUAUAGAAAACAUGCACAAAAUGCCUUCUUUUACAAGUUUGGUAGAAAAUCACGCCCUCUUUACAGUUUAUACUCAAAAAAGGAUACCUUUCGGUUUCAAGAAGGUUUCUAAAAUGGAAUUUUUUUAGACCGAGCAUGUUCACUUAUACAGUAUCGGAUCUGUCCGUUUACCAACACGCAUUAUGCAACGUACAACCUAGUCCACAUCCAUUGCAAAUUUUUAUAAACUCUAUCUGGUGUCUUCUUAAAGUCAUAGUGGAAUAUGUAAUUUUCCUUACGUGGAGAGCAUGUGCCUUGUAGACUAAAAUCGCCAAACGCUAAUGCAACGGGAAUCGGAAAACCUCUUUAAAACCUAAAAACAUUCCUUAUUUGAGUGCAAAGUGUAAAUAAAACGUAAUUUGUUUACCAAAAGGAUAAAAUAAAGCAUAUUUUCUAUAAAUAUAUUAAAUUAAAUAUCUAAACCCAUCGAAAAUCAAUCUGAAAAAUGCAGGCAACUUAAGUAGUUAUUUUUUGCCGGGUGUGGUUCCUACACGAGGUCGAAAAGAAGUGCAUGCAAAAGACGGCCUCCGCACGAUAUUAAAUAUUACAACCCCACCUACGUAACCCUUCUGAAUUGAUUACACAUUUUAGAAUUCUGACCAACACUUCAUGAGAUCGGCAACUCACUAUAUUUGUCGAAAUGUGGAGGUCGUUGUUUAGUUUUGCUGAUGCACGCAGUCAUUUCAUGAAUAAGAAUUUUUUUUAUCAGGCUUUUAAAGUGUGUUUUGUGUGUUAUUCUGUCAGUCAUCCACCUUUGAUGGUGAAUUUGUAGCCUCUGCCAAAUCCUUGGGGUUGAGAAUUACUAUUCGACAAGGAUUUGUUUUAUGGCCGGGAUAACUUUAUCCGGGGGGGGAUUGUGCUGAAAUAAAAUAACUCGCGAUAUUUAUUUGUACUUGCUAGAUAAAGGAAAAAAGACUUCGCAAUGGCUGUUGUGUGAGGUUGGUUAAGAUGCUUUAUAAUAGUCACUGACAAUGCCUGCAAAGGGACAUUUAAUUCACCUACUAUUUCUCUUAAAUGGUAAAAAUUGUGUCCCCUUUUAAUUGGUGACAAUAUGGAGCACACAAAAAUGGGUAAUACCACAAAGUACUUGGAUGUUCAGCUCUUUUACUAAAAAAUCUCCCCGAAGUAAGUAAGCCCAGUCAUAGACCAUACCCUUGCUGACCAUUAUGACAGCACUUAGACUGACGGCUGCUAAGCUUCCUCACCUAGUACCCUGGUGGUUGUUAAUUGUUAAGUAAAUUUAGAUAAUUGUUAGUGGUCGAUAAAGCGCUUUAAUUAUUAAGCCUCAAUAACUCGCGGUAGUAUUUAGUUGGGAAACUACUGCUAAGGUAUAUUAUUCCCUAGCAGUUAUUUUAUUGCUGAUGGAUAUUUAAAUCGGUAGAGACUGUACACCAAUAGACGGGGUUUUCUUGCGGUGAGGUUUAUGCUUACCUUGUUGUAUGUUCAUCAACUGCGAUUCCAUUCCUACGGUUAUACGAAAAACUGCACAAAGUCAGCAUCAAGUUUUGUUUACUUUUGACAUAGGUUCGAAAAGCCGCUGGGCGCUGACGUUAAUCCUAAGGGCAUUUUCGUUGGCUACCUGUCUGAGACGACAGAGGACUGUGAUUUACAUGAAUAUUUCUCGAAAUUCGGCAUUAUCACCGAAGUCAUCGUCCUCAAGGGCAAAAGGAGCGGGGAUCCCCGCCGCAAUGGCUUCGUAACCUUCCGGGACACAGAUGCGGUGAAGAUGGUGUUCGAUGCUCGGCCACACCUGUUGAAUGGCAAACACAUUGGCGUUUUUCCAGCAUGGAGUCGGAAGUCCGGUCAUUUCGUGUAAGUUUUGGUUUCACAGAAAUUAAUAUUUGCCUUUUAGGCGCAAAUCUGUUUCACCGAAAGAAAACAUGCGAUCAGGGAAUGUCCGGACUAGUCGUGAGGCCGUCUUCAGAGACCUGUAGGGGGUGAACGGGAAGAGUGCCUCCUUGGUUUGGCGCUUAGCUGUGCCUACUGGUCGCGUGAGUGUAGCGCAGUUGUUAUGAGGUAGCUGUCAGAGGCUCUGAUCCCCUGAGCUCUCACCCCAUUAUAUUGGCGGUCGGAAUUGUAUUCCACAGUGCCCUAUUUGUGGCCAUGUCACAGGAUGUGAAUAGUGACUUGGUCGCAUCUCCCGACGGCCCGGACCUCGCUGACUUCCGCGAUGUUAGAGUCCUUAUCGACAGCAGAACAGUUGCAUCGACGGCGUUGACUACCAACGAGUGCAGAUAAAGUAUUAGCUACUAAGCGUACACGCGGGAUUUUCUAUCCAAUGCCUGAUUCCAUCUGGGGCUCCCAGGAUCUUUCACCUGCACGGAAACAGGCCUUAGGGAACUGCAUUGGUUGCGGUACAUUUGCCUCAAGUGGUAGCUUCGACUGGCUUUCGGUUGAAGUCCACUGCGGUCAGGUACGUCUUGUAAAUUUUGUAGAUGGUAGUGCUUUUUUCUACAGGGCAUUCGAGCUUUCGAGGAGAUUUUGUAGGGUUGGUAGCCUGGUCUACGUACAUGCACGCUGGUUGGUUACUAUGGCCAACCCCCAUUUUAACCGACCUGUGGAUUUGUGCUGCAUGUCUUGUAAUCAUAAAGUACGUACCAUGAAGUCAUAGGGUCACGCUGGGCUAACUGUUUAUCGUCUACAGUUGGCCUUGGCUCCGAGGACACAUCUACCCUCUCCGCAUGCGCCAGUUGUGAAGAACCUGUUGGAGAAUGCUUUAUACUUUAAAAAAAUCGUUCAAGUAGCGUCGUAUUGCUCAAACGUAUCUUGAACAAACUCACGUUAAGUGCUACGGUAUUGCAGGCUAUCCGUAGCUCGCGACUAUGCUGAGGCACUUCUGUGUCAACAUAGGAUUCGUUUUUUCAAACGUUUAUGUAAAUUUGACCGUUCGUCACAAUCACGAUUUUCAAAAAGGUCACUUGCUAAAGUGGUUGUGGAGGAAGGACGUUCCUCGUGAUAGUUGGAUUAUUUUUCUAUUGAUGAAGUCCUACGUAAUUGCGAAUUGCUACUGACAAACACUGGACUGGGCGGUGAUUUCCACAAGCCGGCGACGCGCCAGUGCUUCUGACCCAUAAAUAUGGCUGUUGUAUCCAGCUGGCUAACGCUUGGAAUUAUCCACGCCCUCCUCGCAAGUGCUUCCACAUUUGGCCGCUGUUAACAUUCCGCUUUCCCCUUUUUGUAAUCGUUUUUUGAGCGUGAUCGGGGUUCUUCACGUGCAGAUGAUGUCCCCACCUCCCUUAAAUAGAACAGAAGUCGGCGGGUAUCCUUUCAAGUGCGCUGGGGUGGACUAUUUUGUUUCGUUGAUGGUCAAACUUGGACGACCUUCUGAGAAACGCUGCGGUUGUGUGUUUAGCUGCUUACAGACAAGAGCCGUUCAUCUUGAGAUAGCCGCCAGCCUGACCACGAAUUCUUUCGUUCAGUGUCUGAUGAGACUCAUAAGAAGACGCGGACGUCCCGUUGACAUCUACAGCGACAAAGGAACCAAUUUUGUUGGAGCAGUAGCGGGACUCCGAAAGGACUUACACAAUUUGGAUUAACAUAGUGUCGGGCCAACUGCUAACUCAAGAGAUACAGUGACAUUUAACCGACCCACUGCCAGUCAUCGGGGAGGCAUCUGGGAACGCAUGGUCAGGUCUCUACGACGGAUUCUUCUUGCUCUCUGUAAGGAGCAGUCUCCAACUUACGAACAGCUCGGCACCCUCUUCGUGCAGGCUGAAUGUAUAUUAAAUAAUUGAUCGCUAGUCCCGCUAACAUCAGACAGCAACGACUUGGAACCGCUUACUCCGAAUAGCUUAUUGUUAAUGAAGAACUGUCCAUUGCUGCCUUGCAGUGACGAAUUGGUAGCACGGUACCGCGUUGGAUGGAAACAAGUACACUACCUCGCUUGCGUGUUCUGGAGACGAUGGGUAAAAGAAUAUCUCCCAAGUCUGCAGAAAAGGACAAAAUGGACAAGAGAAGCCGCGAAACUGAAACCAGGUGAUGUUUUAGUUUCUGGGGAGCGCACACCCCGUGAGAAUUGGCUUUUGGGAGUAACAGAUACGUACGAAAAGAUUCGCGACAGCCUCCUUAGGACGGUAUACAUUAGAACGGCAGGCGGUCUCUAAAAAAGGGAUGUUAGAAAGAUUUGUCUACUUGAGGGCGAGAGCAGCCGUAAACCUCCAAAACCGUAAGUUGUUCUCAAGAGUUGGACGUAGAGAAUUCGCGUGCGGUGUUCUAUCCAGCUGGUCAACGCUUGGAAUUCUCCACGCCCUCCUCGCAAGUGCUUCGACACUUGACCCCUAUUGACAUUCCCCUUCCCCCUUCUUUGUAACCUCUUUGGAGCGUGAGCGGCGUUCUUUUAAUCAACUAGUUUUUGUAUUCUGAUCUUGACCUGGGGAGUCGAUUUGCUCGAACAGUGACAAAAGUAUUCUUUGUCUAGGAUAUCCAUUGUUGAGGUUUGUACGUUUUUUAUUAUCACCUUAUUACCAUUUAUUAUUACCUUAUUCUAUCAAUAGUACCUUAUAUACACCUAUUUUAAUGUCCUCAGCGGAAUUAUCAAGUGCACCGAGCUGUCACUGCGAGUCCACUGACUAGUAGUGUCUGCGAUGUGUUAGAGAUCAAUCCCAUGCGACUUCAGCAUUCUACGGUUCUGUGCUUUUCGAAGACGACACAGCAUCCCAAGUUGAUUUGCAUGUAGGCAACUUCUUGGCAAACUGUUUACGAUCACCCCCCUGACUUCACAAAAGUUUGACAUUCUAGACACCUUAAAUAUUGUGGAGUGACUGGAACAUUUGAUGAAAUUGUGAAAUCGCGUAUAUUUCAGUUUGCGUCUCAGUGAGUUUACUAAGGUUAUCGGUAAAUGCAGCUGAAAUUUAAGAAGCUAUUUCUCGACUCGUUGUCGUCGCCGACAGAUUUCCACACCUACAGCUAAUUGUGCUCGUCAUAAUGUUGCCACGCGCGUGCAUUCCAGAGACAGGUUCCAAGCCCAAACCAAGUCGGUCGUAUUACGUCGUCCCAAACGUUACUCCUCUGUUACCUAGGAAUUCUCAGUUUUCAAAAGAGAACUUUAAACCAAGGUGCGACGUCUUUCACGCAGGUGGAACUUUAGGGGUUAGUCACAUGUCCUUUGAACCACCUUUGGGAAUCCUUUUGAAAAGCAGUAGGGUUAGUCUUAUAUCAUAUUUAGCAUCGGAGAAAAUGUUGCUCUGUUAAUGAGAAUAAUAAGUUAGCUAGUGUCCUGAGGAAGUAUUCCCACGCCAAAGUUGUGAGCUGGCCUGUGAACCUAGUACUUAGGAAAGGACAAAUUGUAUGCUUUCGGCCAGUGUUUCGGUUAUCAUCUUGCGGUCAUUAUAUUAUGGUGGUGUGGGGUUGAGAUGAUAACGGGGGGGGGGGAUUCAGGGCGGAUCCACACAGAUUUUUUGAGAACUUCAGAGAAAUGAAAUGUAUCUAUUUAAUUAAUAUUUUUUUCUAACUUCACAGACCUCAAACCCAAACCAGCAUGUCAACCGAAAGUGCCUCCGCAUCAGCCCUCAACAAGAGGACCAUAUUUGUCGGUCGCCUAAAGCCAACGACCACAGCAGCUGAUCUUGAAACCUACUUUUCCAAAUUUGGCAGCGUCUCGAGGGCCAAAGUAGCGACUCAUUUGUACAGUAGCCAGUGUCGCGGCUUCGGUUAUGUCGAGUUCUCGGACAGGAAGGCCUUUGAGGGUGGUGUUCUGGAAGCCUGUCACUUUCUAAACGGCUCUCGACUAAAAGUCGAGCUUUACGAACGGCGGACUUCAUCUAAUUCAGAUUCUGACCAUACGUGA